UUACUCUUCUUCUUCCCACACACACACACCGGUCUCUUCUUAUUUUCAGUUUUCCGCUUCUCCACUGUUUUUGGGUAUUGUGAAUAUACUGAUAACGAAUCGCGAAUGUGGCUGGGUUCACAAGUGGGUCUCCUUCAAAAUCUGGCUUUUACUUAUUUGAGACAAGGUGCAAAAUCUUUUGAAGGAUAUUGAAAUGGAAUGCAACAAGGAGGAAGCUAUAAAGGCAAUGGAUAUUGCCAAGAGGAAAGUGGCGGAAAACGAUUACAACGGGGCGAAAAAACUAGCAAACAAGGCUCAGAAUUUGUAUCCAAAGCUUGAUGGGUUAAAACAAGUUAUGAUGUUGAUCGAUGUUUAUAUCUCUGCAGCAAACAAAACCAGCGGAGGAGACUUUGAUUGGUAUGGAAUUCUUGGUGUUGAUCCAUUGGCCGAGGAGGAAGCAGUGAAGAAACAAUACAAGAGGCUAGCUCUUUUGCUUCAUCCUGACAAGAACAAGUGUGAAGGCGCAGAGGGUGCGUUUAAACUUGUUUUAGCUGCUUGGUGUCUAUUAUCUGAUAAGGUUAAGAGAAUUGCUUAUGAUCAGAAAAGGAAGCUUAAUGAAGUUAAACCGAGAAGGAGUCGGAAGCAGAAACAACCACCAAAGAAACCACCCAAACAGCCGAAACAGCCACCAAAUCAGCCUACACAGUCACCAAAGCAGCAAAAACAGCCACCGAACCAGCAGAAGCAACCACCAAACCAGCCGAAGCAACCAACAAACCAGCAGAAGCAACCACCAAACCAGCCAAAUCAACCACCAAACCAACCAAGUUCUAGUGGUAGAUCUAGAAGCAAUAAGCCCACUUCAAAAGUCAGUACCUUUUGGACAAUGUGCGACAAAUGCAGGACAGAAUACGAGUAUGUGAGAGUUUUUUUCCUUAACAAAUCCGUGCUUUGUCGAAAUUGCCGUGGGACUUUCAAGGCCACUGAGAAAGAGAAAACACCAACUGAGAAAGAGGAAGCACCAACUAAGAAAGAGGAAGCACCGCAAGCAACAAACAAGAACAAAAAUGUUGCUUCUUCUUGUGGGAAAGGGUCUCCACUAACUGUUAGUGUUGGUCAUGAUUUUCGAUGUGAUUCUUCUUCAUCAAGAAUGGGUACUUUUAACAGCGGGAAUGUGGCAAAUCAAGCAGAAGAAAGAGUAAAAAGAGAGGUCAAGGAGUCGGAAGAAGCUACAAGAGGAAUUUCAAACUCUGAAGAAGAAGAAAGGGUCUUUAAGAAGCUUAGGAGAGAUGAUUAUGCAGAAGCAAGUAGUGGAAUCAAGGUGUGAAGUAAGAACUAUUGACACUUAGAAGUUUAACAAUCAAUGCUUUUCAUGUUUAGAGUUUUAUAUAUGAAUAUUUUGCAUCUAGACUAGGAAAACGUACAGUGGAACAAGGUCAGUUUUUUCCUCCUGUCAUCUUCAGUGUUGAAUCUGUGAAAUGACACAAGAGUUAUGAGUGUACAUGAACAGUUUCUUAAAGAUUAAGUUUGGUUUAUUUCGAAUUCA